AUGCUGUAGCUCACACGGGGCUUUGAAGAGCCUCCUCUGCUGAUCUGGUUCUAAUCGGACCUGACCUGGUUUCAGCACCGCGGCGCGUCAACAGCUCCAGCUUUGUUUCCAUCCUCCUCCUCCUCCUGCUCCUCCUCCUCUUCCUCCUCCUGUCGGAGCCGGAGCUGUCCACACAUUCAGCACUUCUUCCUUAGGGGGACCAGACCAGAACCAGAACCAACACCGGAUCCAGGAGACCCGAGGCAGCCUGUCUCAGGAUGGCGGGUCUUUUAGUCCUUCUUCAGCUGGUGGUCCUGAUGGAGCAGGUCUCUGCCCUCCCCACGCCCGCAGCCCCCACGCAUGCUCAAACGGUGUCCAACAGGCAGCUGACUGAAGAACGGCCGCUGCAGCAGCAGAUCGCCGAGGCCGACGGCGUGAAGGCUGCAGAGAUCCAGCUGCCCUCCAAGGACGCAGCCGUGUCCGAACCGGGCAGAGAUGACCUCACCAUGCUCAAGUCUCUGGCUGAUGGCCAGAAACCAGCAGAGACCCGGGAGGUUCUGGUCCAGAAGGCGGAUCGGUACGUUCCAGAUGAGUCCGACUCGACAAAGAGCCGGCGUCUUGCUGAGGACUACGACUCCACCAAAAACAAGAUGGAUUACGACAAGUACCAGGACGACCCAGAAAGCUUCCGUCAGGUCGACGGCACGCCGCUGACAGCCGAGGACAUCGUGCAGAAGAUUGCCAACAAGAUCUACGAGGAAGACGACAGAGGGGUGUUUGACAGGAUCGUCACCAAACUGCUGAAACUGGGCCUGAUCACAGAAAACCAGGCGGACACUCUGGAGUACCAGGUGGCCGAGGCUCUGCAGGACCUCAUCACCAAGAACGCCAAGAACAAUGAAAUUGAAGACGUGGAUCAGAACCAGGACACUGGGGGAGAGCAGGGCGACCAGAGUCCAGACACGGACACAUGGGAACCACCCAGGCGACGAUACAACGAAGACGAGGAUGACGAGGAAGAAGACGAUGACGAUGCGGUGGAGGGUGAGGUGGACAGGGACGCAGAGGAAGAUGCAGGUGACAAUGCCUGGGACAAAGAUGCAGACGGAGGGAACGAGGUGAGUCCUGGAGAUGGACUCCAGGACCUGCAGUACUUCCCGAACUUCUACCGGCUGCUCAAAAGCCUCGAUUCAGAUCAAGAUGUUCAGGAGAGAGAAACGCUGAUCACCAUCAUGAAGACGCUGAUAGAUUUUGUGAAGAUGAUGGUGAAGUACGGAACCAUCACCCCCGAGGAGGGCGUGUCAUAUCUGGAGAACCUGGACGCCAUGAUCGCCAUGCAGACCAAGAACAAGCUGGGCAAGUCCCUCGGACUUCCUGAAGCCUCCGGACCUGAAGGGAAGUUGCUGGAUGAGGACGAUAACACCAAAUCUGAGACGGCCAAGAUGCAGAAGGAACAAAUAAACCUGAGAGACUCGACCAAAGAGGAGCAGCCGUCCACCGAGACCACUCCAGCUCAGCCUGGCAGGUCGGAGACGUAUCUGGAGGCCAUCAGGAAGAACAUCGAGUGGCUGAAGAAACACAACAAGGAUGAAGGGAAAGAUGACUACGACUUGUCCAAGCUGAAGGACUUCAUGGACCAGCAGGUCGACUCGUAUAUCGAGAAGGGAAUCAUCGCCAAAGACGAAGGCGACACCAUCAAGAGAAUCUACGGCAGCCUGUAACCGGAUCGCUCGUCUUCAGUUUCAAACCAAGAACUGAAUCUGACAAGAAGAGCUCCUACAAAACACGACUACCUAGAAUUGCUUCAACUUAUGGCAGAUAUAUUCAACAUCUCCCAAACGUUCCCAAAAAUGUACCAAAGGAUGGGAUUUCAUACUUAUUGUUCUUCACUCAUCUGCUUAUAUUUGCUCCAUCAUAUUCAUAAAUAUCUAAUUUACGUCAAAUCUCACAUUACUUUAGCCUGACUUCAGUGGAAAUGAAUGUUAUGGGAGUUUGUUGAUGUGGCUUUCUAAUUCUUUUAAACAAGUCAUGCUGUAUUAGUGAUGCAUAAGCUGUCCUUAUUUCUUUCAGUGCAAAUUUUUUUUUUAUUAUCAUUUUAACAUUUCAUUGCUUUUUCAUGUCUGUGCACCUUGUUGUUGUGAUUUCAUCUGGAGCCACCAGGGGGCGAUGUCUGAAUCUGUGUGUUUCUAAACUGUAGAGGAAAAAAGGAUGAUUUUACGUACGUUACGUACGACUAUUAGAGCAACUCAGAAAAUCUUAGUGCUUUUUACUUUAAGCCAAAAAAACAAACAAAAAUGUAGAUAUUUUGUUAACAAUAAAUUCUAAAUAUUGACAGAAAGCUGCAGUGCUGUUGACAGAAAAGCCACAUUUUAAUGACAUUAAAUGUCAAAUUCUUAUUUAACUACAGAAGGUGGAGAUUAUCCUGAGUGGAAACAUUUGUUUCCCUCAGUGGCUUCACGUUCGUCUUCGUCUUCAGACACGUUUUUCUCAACACUGGCAACAUAUUAUUUUCUUUUUUAUUUAAUUUUUUUUUUCUCCCGAGUGACUGUAAGACCUGGAUGUAAUUUUAAAUAGUAAAUUUGUGUUUCUUUUUUUUCCUACAGUUCUAAAAGCAAAUAAAGUUGCUUUUUCUUUU